CAACAAAGAGAGGAAACAUGGCGGCGCCCAUGAAGCGCUCGCUCUGACAGUUACCAGUAAAGAAACUCUGAGGAGCGGUCAACACUAAAGUUUGAGUCCAUAGAGGCCAAGUAAGGACACAUAUCAGUGCUGUGGUGCAGUCCCCUAGUGCAGUGCUGUGGUCUCCCCUGCAGGAGGCGUGAUGUCCAGGCUGGCGGUGGUGUGUGGCGGCUCCAGGGGCAUUGGACAGGCUGUGUGUCGCCUGCUGGCACAGAGAGGCUGCAGGCUGGCUGUCGUGUCCAGGAACAAAGACGCUGCCCGGGCCACUGCAGCAUCUCUGAGCGGAGCUGAACAUGUGGCUUUUAGCUGCGACGUCUCCAAAGAGACAGACGUGCAGAGGACGUUUGAGACGAUUCAGAAGACGUGUGGAAACAUCUCUUACCUUGUGAACGCAGCCGGCACCAACAGGGAUGGCCUGCUGUUGAGGACAAAGCCAGAGGACAUGGUGGAUCUGCUUCACACCAACUUGCUGGGCACCAUGUUCACCUGCAAGGCAGCACUACGGAGCAUGCUGCAAACACAGGGAGCCGCCAUUGUCAACAUAGGUUCUGUUGUGGGCCUGAAAGGGAAUGCCGGCCAGUGUGUCUACAGCGCCAGUAAGGCCGGUCUAGAGGGCUUCACACGCUCGCUGGCUAAAGAGGUGGCUUCACGCAACGUCAGGGUCAACCUGCUGGCUCCAGGUUUCAUCCGUACCGAUAUGACCGCAGGGCUGAGAGAGAACGAAGCGGCGCGCUCCAUCCCCCUUGGCAGGUUCGGGGAGCCGGACGAAGUAGCCCAGGCUGUCCUCUUCCUUCUGGAGUCUCCCUACAUCACCGGACAGGUGCUGGUGGUGGAUGGAGGACUGCAGCUCGCAAUGUAGAGAGCGAGGCCAUCCUGUGGAGCUCCUCACUGUCUGACCACACAAAACAGCAUCAGCAGGGCAGGCGAAUGACUCACCCCGCCCGUUACAGAAUAUUGUACGUCUCGUUAUAGGAAUAGAAGCUGGAGGUCUGUUUCAACACGAUACUCGAGGCCAGAGGACAUAGUUUGGCUCGGGAUGAACACGAUCGCUCCUUUUUACUCAUGUAUCAUUGUGGAGCAGCAUUACCAGGCAUGUAACUGAUGUGGUUGGACAGCGGGCAUGGGUGGUGUAUUUUUUGCUAAAGAUGAGCUUUGCUUCAUAAAACUAAGCGAGCAUGUCUGCCUUUGCACUGAGUGAGUCUUUGUGACUGAUGUUGAAUGUGGCUUUGUGGUUGUGUGUAAUUCGGAGCCAUAGAAAUGAAGGAGUUAGCAUUGUCAGCAUGGACAGGCAUAUAUUUCUAUCCUCAACAUGAGUUUGCGUGUCAGAGAAAGCCAUCUGCUGCUUCUCUGCUCAGUCAACUCGGUGCCGCCGCCUUGCAUGGAAAGAGAAACUUUGAACAAGUGUGCGAGUCAAACUUGUAAAAUGGCAUUGACAUGGGAGGUAAAAGAAAAGAGAAUCACUGUCAUCUUUGCCUGUGUGGCCUCACAUCUCUUCGCCCUGUGCUGAGUCACCCUGUCCAGCCACAGUGGGCGUGGCCAAUGUGUGUGACAGCCACUCAUGACUAACGCUGCCGACUCCAGAGUGUCUAGCCCGCUCCAGACCUUUGUGCCCUGCAGCCUUAACUUUGAUCAGCAGAUUUAACGCUGUUGUUUUUUCCAUGACUGUGAGGCACCCACGGCUGACCAGAGCUCUCGUGUUUCUCUCUCCCCACUUCCCCUGGGAGACCCCCGCACUGCCGGCACGCUGCCUCUCCAGCGGCCUCCCCUGAGCCCACCUCUGGAGGGGCCCAGGAAGAGGAGCCAGGCAUGUUGCGCUGCAGCUGGAGGAAAUUAGAGGUGGGACGGGGUAUUUUUAGCUCUGGGAAUGUUUUGCGUGUCUGGUUACAGCUCGGGUACUGCGGGGUGGACGGAUGAGGUCGGAGGUGACUGUCAUGCUCGGUGAUGAGAUUUGAAAUGCUGUGAUUUCUUGUGUUACGUGUCCCGUUCCUCACUGAAAUACACUCUUACCCUGUGAGUCUACAUCAUAACCACAGCCAUCAGUGAGGGACUGCAUGUGCACCCAGCUCUCCCUGCUGUUUUAUGCAUACUUGGAUCAUGAUUGUCUAAUUUCUAUUCAAGUAUUGUGUUAUAUUGUGAACAAUGUAUCUGACUGAUUCACAGCACAGAAUAUGGUGUUUCCACUGUAACUGAUGUUGUUUUAAGGCAUUCUGUUAAUUCAUAAAGUGUCUGAUAAUCUACAAAACAUUUCACCCUGUCUCUGAAGAGUUUAUUUUUUAUUAUCUUUCAUAAACUAAAAUAAUAUCAGGAGAACAAUCCAUAUACAGGCAUUGUUUGGCAUAGAAAUUAAGUCAUAUUUAUGUUGCAAUGACCACAGUAACUGUCAGCUGAUGCAAGCUCUGAACAGACAGAAAAAGAUGUCCAUUUGGUAUAGUAUGACAGGUGACAAAGAUAGUAGAGAUACAUGUAUACCUUACUUUGCACUUUGCACCAGUUUAGAGUGUUUGCUACCUUUGAAUACUGGAAAACAGUCAUAUAUUUAUACAUCCAAGUAGUUUGGCACUGUCCAAAAAUAACAUGCACAGAAAUUGUGUUUGCAUUAAGCCUAAAAGUGAUUUAAGGCAGUAUAUAUUUAUAACACUU